AUGGUAAUUCGAGUACCGUCAGGACGAGGUUUAGGAUGGGUCGUUGCAGCUUUCUUCAUCGUAGCUGAUAUAGUUGGUGGUGGAAUUGUAGCAAUGCCUGUCGCAUUCCUUCAAACAGGGCUUGUUGUUGGCAUAAUAUUUAUGAUCGUGAUAACAAUAUUUUUUGCUUAUACUGCUCAUUUACUUAGCCAGAAUUGGAUUAUUAUGCAGCAACGAUGGCCAAUUUAUCAGAAUCAUUGUCGUAAACCGUAUCCCGAAAUGGCAUUGAGAAGUAUGGGAAAAACGAUGAAGUAA